GUUGAGAGUUUUCUCCAGUCAGCCAGCUGCUAACACUGCGCGGUGCUCAUACAGAGUUUACGCGUCUCUGUAAGACUGCUGGAACACGUGAGUGAUAUUUCGAGGGAGUAGAAUUCAGUUUUUCAUAUAAUUUCGUCUCGUUGAGAAUGAAGGAGAGGAGAGUAAGCGAGCCGCUGGUGGUCCGCUGUAAACUGGUGUUAGUGGGAGAUGUUCAGUGCGGGAAAACGGCUAUGUUACAAGUCUUGGCAAAGGACUGCUACCCUGAGACGUACAUCCCGACAGUGUUUGAAAACUACACGUCAGGCCUGGAAAUAGAAGAACAACACAUUGAGCUUAGUCUGUGGGACACAUCAGGUUCUCCAUAUUACGAUAACGUCAGGCCACUCUGCUAUAGCGACUCUGAUGCUGUGCUGCUCUGUUUUGACAUCAGCCGACCUGACACUGUUGACAGCUCUCUGAAAAAGUGGAAGACAGAGAUCAUGGAUUUCUGCCCCAACGCACGCAUCCUCCUGGUUGCCUGUAAGACAGACCUGCGCACUGACGUGUGCACACUGAUGGAGCUGUCCACGCAAAAAAUGGCCCCAAUUUCUCAAGAACAGGGGUCUUCACUAGCAAAGCAGUUGGGAGCCGAGGCAUAUCUGGAGUGUUCCGCGUUUACAUCAGAGAAAAGCAUUCACAGCGUGUUUCGUUCAGCAGCCCUGGCCUGCCUGGACAAGCUUCAGCCGCCUAUCAAGCCAAGCCCCGCCCACCGGAAACGCCUCUUGCACCUGCCCAGCAAGAGUGAGCUUCUGAGUUCGUCCUUCAGCAAAGAGAGGACCAAGAGCUGUUCUGUCAUGUGAUCCAGACUCUGCUUCCUGAGACAGAUUGACAGAAGGGCAGUUUUGAAUGGAGACAAGAAGUCGUGACCUUUGUUGUCCCCUCCCAUCUCUACACACUCAAUGUUUUGCCUUUUCAGUUAGUCCAUCCCAUUUCUUCAUCACAAAGAAUGGAAGCUGAUGACGGUUAAUUGAUUCUUUUUAAUACACAGGUUUAUGGUAAAUUGCCUGAUAACAUUUAAUUCACAUGAACCUCAUGCCCUGUUUAAUUAAGUGUGCUAUUUUUUAUUUAUUGUGCGUAUGUAUUGGAGAUCUGAGCCUUCCUGUACAGGGUUACCAGAUGUUUAAUAAGAAACAGGAUUAAAUGGUUAACUGGUCAUGUAUGCGAAAGAGAGUGACAGAGGAAGACGCUUAUGUGAUUUAGUUGGAAGACACAAAAGCGUAAGGGUCAUAACUGGGGAAGUUUUAAAGAGCAGCUAUAAAACUGACACUUGAUGGAGUGUGCAAUCACAUGUAGGUAGAGAGAACAUGCUGACUACCACUCUGUCUCUCACAUACAUACACAGACAACAAUGCACCUUCUCUUAUCCAUCUAUAAGUCUCAGUAGAUGUAUAACGAAGAGAACAGAUAGUCUGGACAGAUCUUGAAAUGGCAUGAACAACACAUGGGAGGUCUUGUGAUGGUGGCUCAGUUUGGAUGGCUGACCUUAGAGUGGCUGUGGACCUUAGAAGAGCAUGUCGGAGCAGGACAGAAGAGAUUAGGGGGAUUAGUUGAGGAGACAGGAUGACAUUUUAUCCCAGACAAGUCUGAUGAGAGAUUAGAUAUAUAAGGUAAACCUAUUGAACGUGCCUAAUUAUCUGGCUUGCCUUUUUAAGGCUACCUUCUUUUAAUUUUUAAUGAUCAAGUAUCUCUUAAACUGAUGUCUUGUAGUUCUAAUUAGCUUAUUUGGACUUUUAUUAUUUUUAAAUCAAUACAAUUUCUCCAAUCUAGGGGUGUAGCCACUAUCUCUGUUUGUAUCUGUACUCCAAAUAUUCAUAUCUGUAUUUGGAUUUUAACCAAAAGUGUGUGUGGUUUUGAGUGAAACCUACCACUGUGCCCCUUGAUACACUGGAAAACAGUGUGGAAAAAAAGGAACACUGUAGAAAUGCCAGCACUGUCAGCAUGGUCUGUAAAAUCUCCUCACUCAAUUCUCCUCACUUCAUCAAUCCAGCUGUUUUUUUUUUAUUUUUAUGUUCUUUGCGAGAUCUGCUGGGUGUCCCAAAAGUCUCCAUACAUAGGGGACUACGUAUGCAAGCACCAAGUCAGUUGUGCCUUCGUCAGUGGAUAUUCGUGGACUUCCACUUCUCAGUUGGUCUGCAACACUUUCGGUCUUUUCCAGUCUGUGACAGCUUCCUGAUCCAGUCAUGAGAAUGACUUCAAUAUGUUCUUUUUUUGUCAAAGGCAUUCUUAAAGGCUAUCUGACAAAAAUAAUUAAUGUAAAUUAAGUAAGAAAAAUUUUGGAAGACGUUUUGCUAAAAAGUGUUCAUUUUCCUUACGUAUUGAGAAUUUUGGGACACCCUGUAUAUUCCAACACACACCUGUAAUCAAAACCUGAUGCCCUGUGAACUAGAAUAGUGCACCUCCUAUUCACAUCUGUGUUUGUAUCUGUUUAGAACACACUGUGAGAUGGAAUCUGUUCAAUCCAAAUAAUGUAUUCAUAUUCGGUUACAUACCUACUCCAAACUAUAGCUUUGAUAAUUAAUUUUGAUUUUCUUUUUUUUUUGGCUGACCAGGAUUUCAUACAUAUUAUUUCUAUUUGAAAACAAUUAUUGGAAACCUGAUUGGUCGAAUGAAGUAAUCUUUGUGAUGUAUUAAAUUGCAUUUAAGAAAAGUUAUUUUAUAUACAGGAUUUGUUUUUCCCCAGUAAACCCCAUAAAACAAAAUUGAGUAACAGCCACAGCUUAAUAGUAACAUAGUGAAAAACAUACAGUGACAAUACCCUUGGGAAUCCACUUGCAAACCAUAUAUUGAUUUUUAUAUCAGUUUAACAAGAUAAAUAGUGCCUGACUCAGCAUCUGCCAGUGAUAAGAUCAGAUAGUGUUGGGACAGCAUGGUGUGAGUGCAUGUAUUUGCUGUAUUGCACAAGCAGACAUUAGUCUUUAAAGCUCACAGGCUGGGCCUGUCACUACUUUUUCAUCUCUGAACACCCAGUUCUGUUUUCUUAGAUCUUUGUUUAGUUGUUUCCUCAUAGACAGUUAAACUCUCUGUUCCCCACUUUUAUCUGUUGAACGAAUGGACAGGUAGCCUCUGAUACUGCAGAUUUAGUGAUAUAUUUGAUACAUACACCCCCUUAUGCAUACAACUACGCGCAGUGCCGGAAUGCCGCAGUGUUGCCUAGCAACAAUCAAGGAUGUACGGCACUGCUCAAUGCUGAUGGGAAGAAGUAGUAAGGAUGGGUUAUUUCAUCAUAGCGUUAAAUACAACCUAUACCAGAGGCUAUAGUGAAACUCAUGAAAUACAUAUGCUCUCUGAGAAGUUCUUGCUAAUGGCACUUUGGGUAGUGAUAUACUGAAUAUAGUAUACUGGUAUUUAUGUGUGAAAUGUAGCUUAAAGUGUUGUGUGUCUAGUAUUAUUGUAAUUUAUUUAAAAAUGUUUUUUCUUGUCUGUGAUUUCUCUCAACUGGUUUCAUUAAAAAUGGCUUUAUUGUGUAAAUAUAGAUUUAUUGUGUGUUUGUGCAGACUUUAGGAUGAUUCCAGCACUGCGGUAGAUCAAUAGAUUCCCCCUCCUCCACAACUGUGAAGCAGUGCGUACCCCCUGGGGUUUGU